UGUGACACUCUCCGUGAUAAAUGGUCACCUCGGAUUUCCUACGCCCCAGGUUUUAUUGAAUCUCAGCAAGAUGCGUGGUUUGUUGAUGUUGCUGCUGCUGCUGCCGCUGAUUGAUGCCGGUUCCUUGGACACUUCUGUGUGUUCCCCGCUGCCGCCACAACCCACAUCAGUGGUGCUGAGACCAGUUAUCCCCAACACGUUUGAGGUUCACGUCGACACCGUAGUCGUGAACAAAAACAUGACGACAGAGGUCCACGAACACUUCGACGACGUCCACAACAGAGGCAUGAUCGAACAGUAUUCUUACAACGAGAAAUACAAGGCCUAUUACGACUACGCCCACAACGAGUUCAUCGGGAUGUUCCCUGAUCAAGGCAGUUGUAAAGUGUCAAACCUGUCCACAUCUGGCCAGCGUUUCCUCUUCGGGUACAAACGGGUAAAUGGGCAGGGUCGCAUCUUCUCUGCUUCUGGAGCGAUGCACUUCGGGGCCAACGUGACGGAGAAGUACUUGGGUCAGAGUCAGGUGCGCGGGAUCUGGGUGCAGGGAUGGCAGUCGUGUCAGUACUGGGAUGAGAUGAAAGCAUCAAUGAAUGUCACGUGGUUUUUCUCAGACCCGGAUAUGUGGGACACUUCUCUUGGAGUGCCCCAAGUGCCUGUUCGAUGUCACGUGAUAGGCAAGGUCCAAGACACGUUCACCAAAUCCCAUAACUUUGAACACUUCUACGAGUUUGUGCAUUUCAGGGACCACAUUAAGGACCCAAGAGUUUUCGAGAUGGACGCGAGUGUCGUGUGCCCAGGACGAAUCAACACAAAGCCUUUACCUAAUGUCCCGGAUGUCCUGUCAAUGGCCGUGGAGCAGGUGGAUGAAGUGGAGAAGAUGGCAACAUUUACCUCGGAAUGGUUUGACUCCAGAAUGAAACUGACAAAGUUCGACAUGGUUCCAAGCUUUGGCUCUGCCUCCCAGUAUGGAACAAACCUGCUCAGCAUUGUCAGAGACUUUAGAACAGGUAUACAAUACGUGAAGGACACGGUCCGCGGAAACUGUUCUGUGACUGCUCUGUCGCAGGACAACUGGGAUGACCGCAUGCAAGACCCCCAACAUGUGCGCAUAGCUACUGCGCAAGAGUUCUUCCAUUUCGACAACACCUACAGUUACACUGGCUUGAAAUCAAUCCGAGGUGUUGACUGUGACACAUGGGUGUCUCUGCGAACUGACUUCCCCCCGAGUCUACCUACCAACUCUACCUGGGAGUGGGCGUUUGUCUCGGCAAACUGGACCUCUGGGUACGAUCCAAUUCAAUACGCCCAGAGUGCCAUACCGUUUCAGCUCAGGAUCACCGUAAAAGACUUUGGCAUGCAGUACACCAGUAACAUAUUCCAGUAUGAUGCUCAGGAACCCAGCGUCAUGAACUUUGACGUCACCAACUGCAUGACCACAGAACGACGGCGAAGCUUCAGGAUCGCUUUUCCACAGAAAUAUACACAGUUGAUCGGUCACAAUCGGAAACAGUUCAAGUACGCUGCUCUCAUAGGCAUUAUCUCCGCCGCAUCAAUCGAGCCGAUAAGAGUCACAAAUAUGAUGAUUACCGUAUACAACCACACAGCCCAUUUGAGCUUUGACCUCACCGAUCUUCCACCAGUCAAAGGAGACGUCGUUACCUUCAUGUCUGGGAUCUCGUUGGAUCUCGCUGCUUCCGAGUUUAUACGAAGUGUGAAGCAAAGCACAUUUCAGGUCAACCUGAAGAUCAAUGGAAAGACCAACUACUUGCCUGGGGUGCCAGCAUCGCUGGAGGAAAUGACUGCAGGACCGACGCCCUUCGUCACCCGACCUCCGUCGACAUCCCCUGCUCCCCAGACACAAGGAAAGGUGACUCAAGGGCCGGUGACACAGAAACCCGUAACACAAGGGCCGGUGACACAGAAACCGGUAACACAAGGGCCGGUGACACAGAAACCGGUAACACAAGGGCCGGUGACACAGAAACCGGUAACACAAGGGCCGGUGACACAGAAACCGGUAACACAAGGGCCGGUGACAAAGAAACCGGUAACACAAGGGCCGGUGACACAGAAACCGGUAACACAAGGGCCGGUGACACCGGGAAUCAACCCACCAAAAGGACCCACAACAGGAAACCCCUAUGCCAUGGCGUCUUCAAAGAACGUGUUGUGCAAUACGUCAGGCGGAGGAUAUUCGGCGGGGGUAAUGGCGGGUGUUGCCGUGGUGAUGAUCGUCGUUGGUGGUGCAGGAGGAGGAAGUCUUGCGAUAUUUCUGUCAAGAAACAGGCGCAUCUAGAUUACAGUGCACUGAAUGUAAAAGAAUGUAAUACGUAUGAUGUUCAAGAUGCCGAUGGAUGGACGUGCUUCGUACCGAGUUUCAAGAACAUGUCUACUGUAAAAUAACUAUAACUACCAUAACUAAAUCAACUAUAGUUGCAACAAUUCAUUUCUAUCAAUUACUGAUUUUUUAACACAAACCAUACAUUGUAUAUAAAAUGAUUUUCAGUGUUCAUCGUUUAGCAAGGGAGGUAACACUAACAGUGUAUAUAUAAGGGCCUGUAAGUCUCGCGAGGCGCUACUAAGCUGGUUCCCAGCUCCUUUUGACAUAUGCGAGACGGGGCCCAGCUUACUUCCUGUACCCGAUUUCCGGUGGCAAGCGGACCGGAAUUGCGCGACGCCAAAUAUGGCUUUUCUUGACCGGACCAAGUGUACAACCAUGCUUGGCUGUCACGGCUGUUGACAGUCGUAAUAGUUGGCGAAUUUGCGAAUGGUUAGAUCGAAAAUAUGUUAUUCCUACAUGGAUUAUCGGUUGCUUACUGUCAACUGACAACCAUGAGACCAUUCGAAAAGGAGUGAAACCGGAAAUACUAAGGUCUCGCGAAGUGCCGUGACCUACUUACGGGCCCUAUUGGGGACCUUAUCCUUCAAAUAUACAUUUGUGUGUAUAUAUAAACUUGGUGUCUUCAUUAUAUGCUUGACGAAAUGCUUUGACGUUAAUGUGUCUCUCACUUCCACUGUAUAUCAGAUGAUUUUUCUUUAUCCAUCCAAUUUAACAUUUCAGUCUUUAUAACGGGGGUAUCAUGAGGAUUGGUUCAUAUGCAGCCCUCAUCGUUAUAAGACGAUAGCCAACUUAACCGUUGCUUUUCAUCCGUUAACAACGUGUGCUACUGUCUACACAACUCACAGUUAUCCAAAGGCAUGAUGUAUAAUUAUUAUUGUUAUAUGCGCUCCCUAGGUCUGUUUAUCAUCACCAUCAUUAUAAACAGUUUGAACGGAUGGAAGUAAAACUUAACGUACUACAGACAGGUGUUCUUUGGGGAUAUUUCUGCUGCUCUUUGUUUUAAGUUCACCACAGACAUGUAUCGGGGGGUGCCUCUAUUCUAUAAAGCGUCCGCCCGUGACGUGGACGAUCCGGGUUCGAUUCCCGACACGGGUACAAUGUUUGAAUCCCAUUUCUGGUGUCCCCCGCCGUCAUGUUGCUGGAAUAUAGCUAAACGCGGCGUAAAACUCAAUUCACUCACUCACCCGACGGGGAACCAUGCAGCUGAGGAUCAGGGAGCGAUAGAUAAUGAUUUGCUAAGAAGAUUUAAUCGUGGCACAUUUCAAACAUCAGUUUUUAGUAAAAUCACCACCGGAAAUGUUUUUAAAGGUUUGAAAGAAAAAAUAGAAAAUGCUCAUCAAGGUAUGAUUUUUCCAGUCAUUUUUUGUGUACAUAUACGAAGGUUAUUCAAUAAAAUGAUUAUCAUGUAAAUAUAUUAUACUAUUUCAAUAGAUCUUUUAUAAAAUCAGUUUCCACA